UUUUCUUAUACUAUUUUAUUCGUGAAAAGUACUGAACGUAGUAUUAUCACUGAUUUAAUAUAAAAAUGAAAAUAAAAAAUAAAAAAAUACAUAAUAAUUUUUGCGCAAACUGAGUGAGAGAGACAGAGUGCGCGGAGUUUUAGUUAGUAUUGAACGAAAACUCAACGGAAAAGCUAACAGUUGAAGCUCCUUCUCCUUCGAUCUAUUACCAAUACAUUUCCAUUUGCAAUCUCAAAUCUCAAUCCUUUGGGAUUUGAGCUUUCUUCUAUUCUCCUCUUCAUCUAUCCUCUUCUUUCAUUUUCCUUUCCAUUUUCCGUGAAAUUUCGCUUUCUCGCAACCAUGAUUACCUCCAGCAAACUCAAAUCGGUGGAUUUUUACAGAAAAAUCCCGAGAGAUUUAACUGAGGCUUCAGUAUCAGGAGCAGGGUUAUCCAUAAUAGCAGCUCUCUGCAUGGUGUUUUUGUUUGGAAUGGAACUUAAUAGUUAUUUGUCUGUCAGCACCGCUACAUCUGUUAUUGUUGACAAGAGUAGUGAUGGGGACUAUUUACGUAUAGAUUUCAAUAUGAGUUUUCCUGCCCUUUCUUGUGAGUUUGCAGCGGUUGAUGUGAGUGAUGUGCUGGGCACAAACAGGCUGAAUCUAACAAAAACAAUUCGCAAGUUUUCCAUUGAUUCAAAUUUAAGAACCACUGGUCACGAGUACCAUUCAGAACCAGCUACUACCAACAUAAAGCACGAUAAUGAAGUACAUGAAGAAUCCAUUGGAGGUUCUCUUGAACUCACAACAGAUAAUUUUGAUAAAUAUGCUCACCAGUUUCCAAUUACAGUUGUUAAUUUUUAUGCUCCUUGGUGUUAUUGGAGUCAAAGAUUGAAACCUUCAUGGGAAAAAGCAUCUAAAAUAAUUAGAGAGAGAUAUGAUCCAGAAACGGAUGGUCGUAUUGUUAUGGGGAGGGUAGAUUGCACUCAAAAUGGAGAAUUGUGCCGGAGCCAUCAUGUACAAGGGUAUCCUUCAAUUCGUAUCUUUCGAAAAGGAAGUGAUGUGAGGAGUGACCAUGGACAUCACGAGCACGAGUCCUAUUACGGUGAUCGCGACACAGAUAGCCUAGUCAAGACCAUGGACAAUUUAGUGGCGUCUCUUCCUUCAGAAUCUCAGAAGUUAAGUUUGGGGGAUAAAUCCACUUUUGCGUCUCAUACAAAAAGACCAGCACCAUCAGCUGGAGGAUGUAGAAUUGAAGGAUAUGUGCGUGUUAAGAAGGUUCCUGGAAACUUAAUCAUCUCAGCUAGAUCCGAUGCCCAUUCCUUUGAUGCUUCCCAAAUGAACAUGUCACAUGUCAUAAACCACUUAUCUUUUGGAAGGAAAGUGUCACCUAGGGUUAUGAGUGAUGUGAAGCGCUUGAUACCUUACGUAGGUAGCAGUCAUGACAGGCUGAAUGGCCUGUCAUUUAUCAACACACGUGAUUUAGGAGCAAAUGUUACUAUGGAGCAUUACCUUCAGGUAGUUAAAACAGAGGUGAUAACAAGAAAAGAUUAUAAAUUAGUUGAGGAGUAUGAGUAUACAGCGCACAGCAGUGUUGCACAGAGUUUACACAUUCCUGUUGCUAAGUUCCAUCUUGAGCUCUCUCCCAUGCAGGUCUUAAUAACAGAAAAUCCGAAGUCCUUUUCUCACUUCCUUACGAAUGUCUGUGCUAUUAUUGGGGGUGUUUUCACGGUUGCUGGAAUUUUGGACUCCAUUUUGCACAACACUAUUAGACUAAUGAAAAAAGUUGAGCUUGGCAAAAAUUUUUGAUAGAUAGCUGUUGACAAUUUAUUAUAGCAUAGGACUGUUGAUUUCGCCAGAUCCACUUUAGCGAGGAGGUCUUUUGGCAGAUUGUUAUCUAUGGAUCCACCGUAAAGCAUACAAAUAUAAUAUUGUUUAGUUUUUUAUUCAGUUAAACGAUAAUUACAUGAAUUGGGAACUCCAUAAAUACAUCAUGUAUUUGC